GCACUUUAUUGCCAGAUUUAAAUAUUUUAACACGUUAUGUGGGUCUGUCUUUCGAGUUUCGAAAUAAUUUUGGUAUUUUUCAAAUAUUCAUAAAGUAGUUUAAAUCCAUCUUUUUGGACCCAUAUGUGAUGUGAAAAAUACUCUUUGAGAGAAAGUAAGACGUGGAUAACAGUCCUGAAAAAAGAAGAUGAAGGAAAGAGUUUUGUUAUUUUUCCUUGGAUAUUGUGUUGUUAAAGUUUAUGGACAAAUUGGAGUGACAGGAUGUACUGUGGCAACACAAGCGAAUUGUCCAAAUUUCCUUCCAAACUCGUAUUGCAAUUUGGGAUCCUUGCUAUGUGAAUGUCCUGCCGGGUACACAGCAACAGCCACCAACGUCGCUUGCGAGUACAAUUGUGGUGCUUUGACUGACCCAGACAAUGGCGCAGUUAGCACACCAGCCGGUACACAUACUGGCGAUCCUGCACAAUACACGUGUGUUAGCACAUUCAAGGUUGUUGGCACGGCAACGCGAACUUGUCAGCAAGACGUUGGUUGGGAUGGUGCUGCACCAACAUGUGAACCAGCUGAGUUAGGGGAUGCCUGCUCAACAAACAUAUUUCAGUGUAGCAACAUUGCAAAUGGAGGAUGUGUGGCGUUCUCAACUUGCCAAUGUAAUGCAGGGUAUGAAGAUGACGGAACUGGAUUAGCAUGUUCUGAGAUAAACGAGUGUGCUACAAACCCGUGCCAAAAUGGGGCUACCUGUGUCGAUCAAAUAGCAUCCUAUGCUUGCACCUGUGUUGCCGGAUAUGACGGCAAUGAUUGCGAAAACAAUAUCAAUGAAUGUGCUGGAAGCCCGUGUCAAAAUGGCGGUGUAUGCUCAGAUGGAAUUAACCAGUAUACGUGCGCAUGCGUACCUGGUUAUGAUGGUGGCGACUGUCAAAAUAACAUUGACGAGUGUACACCAAAUCAAUGUCAAAAUAGUGGAACUUGUGUAGAUGGCAUCAAUGCAUACACCUGUACUUGUCUUCCCGGGUAUAAUGGAGACAAUUGUGAAAAUAAUAUUGACGAGUGUACACCGAAUCAAUGUCAAAAUGGCGCUACUUGUGUUGACGGUAUUAAUGCAUACACGUGUACUUGUGUUGCCGGAUAUGAAGGGAAUAACUGUCAGACCAACAUCAAUGAGUGUAUUGGAAAUGUCUGUCAAAAUGGAGCCACCUGUGUCGACGGUAUAGAUCAGUACACAUGUACAUGUGUGGCGGGGUAUGACGGAAAUUUCUGUCAAAACAACAUCAACGAAUGCGCGUCACAUGCGUGUCAAAAUGGCGCCACUUGUGUUGAUGGCAUAAAUACAUACACGUGUGUCUGUGUGGCUGGGUACGACGGUACUUUCUGUGACAAUAAUAUAGACGAAUGUGCUGCUGAUCCGUGUACAAAUGGAGGAACAUGUGUGGACAAGAUAAAUGAUUACACUUGUAAUUGUGUCGCGGGUUAUACGGACAAAACAUGUGCUACCAAUAUUGAUGAUUGUGCUACAUCCCCUUGCCAGAAUGGUGGUACAUGCCAAGAUGCUGUCAAUGACUAUACCUGUGUUUGUGUGGCAGGUUAUACUGACAAAAACUGCCAAACCAAUAUCAACGAGUGUGACUCACAUGCAUGUAACAAUGGAGCUACAUGUGUUGACCGAGUUAAUGCUUAUGAAUGUGUUUGUGCCGCAGGCUGGGAAGGCACCUUCUGUACUUCAAAUAUAGACGAAUGUGAAACUAACCAGUGUCAAAAUGGAGCUAUUUGUGUUGAUGGUAUAGACGACUAUACGUGCGACUGUGUCGAUGGUUAUAAUGGGAUAUUUUGUCAGAACAAUAUUAAUGAAUGUGUUGGUCAUGCAUGUGAGAAUGGCGCAACAUGUGUUGACGGGAUCAAUAAAUAUACAUGCACGUGUGUUGCCGGAUAUACGGGGGAAUUCUGUGCGACAGAUAUUGACGAAUGUGAUGACCAUGCUUGUUUGAAUGGCGCCACGUGUGUAGACCGUGUCAAUAAAUACACGUGUACGUGUGUUGCCGGAUAUACCGACACAUUUUGUCAAACUAAUAUAGAUGAAUGUUCACCAGAUCCAUGUAUGAAUGGCGCUACUUGUGUUGAUAAGGUAAAUGACUACACGUGUACUUGUGUAGCGGGCUACACAGACAAAGAGUGCCAAACAAAUAUUGACGAGUGUGACCCCGACCCUUGCCAAAAUGGAGCAACGUGUGUCGACGGUAUCAACGACUACACGUGUAAUUGUGUUGCAGGGUAUGAUGGGAAAACCUGUAACAUUAACAUUGAUGAAUGCGACUCUGAUCCGUGUCAAAAUGGUGGAACUUGUGUUGACGAAGUGGACCAAUACACGUGUAACUGUGUACCUGGUUACAACGGUGAUGAAUGCGAAAAUAACAUUGACGAGUGUAUUGGUAACUUGUGUGAGAAUGGAGCCACAUGUGUUGAUGGUAUAAAUGCCUACACGUGUGACUGUGUACCGGGAUAUGAUGGCACUUACUGCGAAAUUGAUAUUGAUGAAUGUGCUUCUCAUAGUUGUCAAAAUAGUGCUACAUGUGUAGAUCAGAUAAAUGAUUAUACUUGUGUGUGUGCUGCUGGUUACACCGACAGAUAUUGUCAGACAGACAUUAAUGAGUGCGCAUCGUCUCCUUGUCAGAAUGGGGGCACCUGCACUGACCAAGUUAACGGAUACAUCUGCACAUGUAACAACGGGUUCACUGGCUUAACUUGUCGACCAGGUGAACUAGGUGACGAUUGUUCAGCAAGAGCUGUCGUUUGUGACAAUCUUGCUAAUGCAGAAUGUGACGGCAGUAUAUGCGUGUGCGAAUCCGGGUAUGAAGACCCCACCGGGGCAACAGGAUCAUGUAGUCGUGUUGAUUGUGGAACGCUUACUCCGCCUACAGACGGUGCUGUCGAUCACACAAGUGAAGGAACAGAUUACGAAAGUAAAGCAUACUUUUCUUGCAAUGCCGGGUACACAUUAACUGGAUUGUCGUCAGUUACGUGUCAGGCAGACAAAUCAUGGAAUGGGGCAACGCCUACAUGUGUCAUCAAAGAUUGUGGUAGCGUGGCAGCUAUUCUAAAUGGCGCAUUUCAAUAUACUCCAAAUAAACUGUACCAAGGUCUUGCGGAGUUUUCUUGUAACACUGGUUACACCUUGGUAGGAGAUGCUACAAGAACGUGCCAAGAUACCGGUGUAUGGAGCGGUGCUAACCCUGUCUGUCAGAUAAACGAUUGUGGAACAAUUGUUGCUCCAGCGAAUGGUAAUGUCGAUCUAACAGAUGGUACGACCUAUGAGAGUGUGGCAGUAUUUCAAUGUAACAAUGGAUACGACAUGGCCGGAGCUGCAAGUCUGGAAUGCUUGGAGGACGGUUCUUGGGAUAGUGCGAAGCCAACAUGCAACAUAAAAGAUUGUGGCUUUCUCACAAAUCCAGCUAAUGGUGCAGUUGACAAUAGUGAAGGUACGACAUACCUGUCAAAUGCUUUAUUCACAUGCAACAUUGGCUAUACGUUGGUUGGAUCCAGUACUAGAAGAUGUCAGGCGUCCGGGACUUGGAGUGGCACGGACCCAGUAUGUCAAAUAAAUGAUUGUGGGGUGUUAACUAAUCCUGCUAAUGGCAAUGUUGAUAUUUCUUCUGGUACGUCAUACGGCAACACGGCAUCUUACUCCUGUGACGCAGGGUUUGAACUUAAUGGUGUACUUCAGAGAACUUGUCAAGCUGACAGCUCGUGGAGUUCAUCUGCUCCAACCUGUGACAGGCUAGACUGUGGAAACUUGAAAUCACCGACAUCUGGCAGUGUGGAUUUAUCAGGUGGUACCCUGUUUGAAGCAACUGCUGUGUUUACAUGCAACCCUGGCUACACAUUGACAGGAGACUCAGAACGAUAUUGUACCAACACGGGAGACUGGGAUAAUUCAAACCCUACAUGCAUUAUUAAAGACUGUGGACCACUAACAGAUCCUGAAAAUGGUCAGGUAUUGACAGUACAUGGAACAACAUAUAACGAAGAAGCGGAAUAUUCGUGCAAUUCUGGUUACCAAGUCAACGGUGUGUCCACAAGAACAUGUGAAGAUGAUGGCCGAUGGAGUGCAUCUGACCCGACGUGUGAAAUUCUUGAUUGUGGAUUUGUAGCUGAUAUUGUAAAUGGAGGUAUUUCCUACUCAGUGGGCACAAUCUAUGGUUCAACUGUUUAUUACGUAUGUGACAACGGAUAUGAAGUAACCGGCGUUGCCUCAAGAGUGUGCCUGGCAACCGGUUCGUGGAGCGACAACCAACCCGUGUGCACAAUUCUGGAUUGUGAUGCCGCCAUAUCAGUUCCACAUGCUGUUUCCAAGACACCGUCUGGUAGUCAGGUUGGUGACGUCGCCAUCUACGAAUGUAAUUCCGGCUAUGGCCUGGUUGGAAACCCGAAUGUUACUUGUGAAGCGUCUGGUUUUUGGGGAACCGUUCCAGAAUGUAGACUAGAUUGUGGAAUUCCACCAGUUGUUGAGAACGGUCAGGUAACGUACACAGCUGGUACCCUGGUCUCGGCGACAGCCACGUACACAUGCAAUGACGGCUACUAUAUCAGUGGAAUCAGCAGGAUAGAAUGUCAGGAUACAAGGCUCUUGGACAAAUGAACCAUUUUGCUUUA